AAGAUUCGUUUAGAGUGCUCCUUGUUUUUGGUGCGGUGACUUCGCCAGCCGACUCCCUUGAAAGUCGAUUUUGCUUGUUUACAAUAUUGCAGAAAUAAAUUAUGACUAUCAAGAGGCGUAAUCAUGGACGUGCCAAGAAGGGCCGUGGACACGUCAAGCCUGUGCGCUGCACCAACUGCGGCCGCUGUGUCCCGAAGGAUAAGGCCAUCAAAAAGUUCCAAAUCAGGAACAUUGUUGAGGCUGCUGCAGUGAAGGACAUCAAUGAAGCAUCUGCAUAUGCCAGCUACCAACUGCCGAAGUUGUACAUCAAGCAGCAUUACUGCGUGUCCUGCGCCAUCCACAGCAAGGUUGUGAGGAACAGGAGUAGAGAACUCAGGAAGAAGCGCACGCCCCCUCCUCGCUUCCCCGGCAGGCAACAGCCCAACGCUGGAGGUCCUCGUCGCUAGUGUGCAAGAUGACGGACAGGAGGCUAGUGCUUCUAAUACAGCAUUGGUAAA